AUGGACACAUAUGUUAACAAUAAAAAGGUACCAAAAAGUGUCACAACACCAAAGGAACAAAUCUCGAAUUUCAGUAAUAUGAACCAGUCUGAGACAAGUACAGCGAGCUCAGCCGCCAUGAAACCGUCCAAUGUUCUGUAUAGGGGUAAUCAACAUAGUGAUGAUAUUGAUUUAAAUUCUGACGAGGGAAAUGGAGCUCUAGGUAUGAAAGCCAUUUCUGUACAACAGGCGUUGACGAUGUAUAAGAACCAAACACAUAAUCAUUAUUUGAUCUUUGAUCUGUCAUGCAAUGAGAUGAAAUUCCCCAAUAUAUCAUCAAAUUUUAAACCAAUAAGUGAACGUAUUGCACAUAGUUCGUUGUUGGAAGCUGAGAAUGUGGAUUCAGUUCAUUUGACCUUCCCUAGUACGUUAUUGAGAAGACAAACUUUUGAUUUCGAGAGAUUGUUAGAAACGAUAUUCUCAAUGGAUAAGAAAUUGGAAAUAUUGAAAUUAAUUGAAGAAUGUAACGUUUUCAUCUUUUUCGAUGAUAUUAGCACAAUGUCAAGUUGUUCAAAGGCCACGUAUACGAUUAUUUUAAAGUUCAAGACAUUUUUGGAACAGACAUUUGGGGAAACACCGAAAAGAUUAUACCUAUUAUCUGAACAACAUCCAUCACUGAAUAAAAAAUCCAAUCAUUUGAAAAGAGACGCUCCCAAUAAUAAGUUUAAUAUCUCCGGAUUCAAUUCCAUGGCAGUACUGCGAAAUCCAAGGGCGAAUACAAAGAAUCUGGGUUUACAGAUUAAGAUACCAACGACAAAUACAAGAACGUUUGCUCAAUCGUUAAAGAAAGAUAGUGUUAAUUAUUCACCCAAUUCUUUGAAAAAAUAUUUCUCCUUCACCAUUCCAAAAUCAUUAGAUUCUCAUGAUAAUUCAUUACCAAGCUGGUUGAAAAGAUUUAGCGAAAAGGGUAAAGACCAAUUUAUCUUGGAGAAAUUAUCUAAAAAUUUUAAUCUCCUGGAAGAACUAGAAGUUAAUAGACUCUCCAGUGGUUUAGAUCACAAGAAACCGGAUAUUAAUAAUAAAACUCAAGACACUGGGGAAUCACAAUUUCCCACUCAUAAUCAGAUUACAAUUCCAUCUGAUGUUCAAGCAUCUUCUUCAUAUCAUAAAAUAUAUUCAUUAUCGCAUCUUCAAAAACAAUUUAAAAAGCAAAAGAGAAAACUUUCUCAACCAGUUAUUCAAAAAGAUUCAUCCCAAAUUUCCAUUGAUGAUCUGAAAAAUAUUGUUAGUAAAAACAAUAACAUUAAGACUAAAGAAGCAUUGGAUCACCCACCUACAUUAACACCUCUAAUAAUUACUACCGGUGAUGAAAAUCAAAGUAACCCACACAUGUUAUCGCCAUCACAAUCCACUUCAUCAUCAACAUCGUUGGUAUGUCCAUUCGGAGAGUCAUAUAAUAAUAGCAGUGAAAUUUUGCUAACACCAUUAGAUAAUUAUGAAUUAUCUCAGGGAAUUCAAUCUUUCGCUAAAAAUAGAUAUUCAAAUAUACUUCCAUAUGAACAUACCAGAGUGAAAUUAGAACCUUCUCCUGUAAACACUAUAAACGAUAGUCAAACAAGUUUGAGUACUUUAAGUUGGAAAGAGUCUAAUGAUAAUGAUUCCUCUGUCUCUAUCCAAAAACCAAAUGCCAUACAUAAGGACAAGAACAUUUUAUUAAACUCAUUAAAUAACUCGCCAAAUGAUACAGAAAGGACGUUUACGUCUAAUAAUGAUUGGAUGUCAGAUGCUAACCUGGCACGAAAGAGAAGAAAUUCAUAUUUUGGUAAAGACUCGCCUGUUGAUCCCUUUUCAUCGUUAACAUCAUCUAAUUUUGUUACGUCUGAUUUUUCUACAUCUCUAUUACUUUCACCUAGAUCCAGCUCGAAUAGUGAAAAAUCUCAUUCCAAUCAUGAGAGUAAUACUAAAAAUCCAUUGCAAUUUGAUGACUAUUUUAAUGCAAAUUAUUUAAAAUUACCUCAAAUUAAUCCAGAUUAUGAAUAUGUUGCCACUCAAGCUCCCUUACCAUCAACGAUGGAUGAUUUUUGGAAAGUAGUAAUAAGUAAUUGUAUUAAAGUGAUUGUGUCGUUAAAUUCUGACGAUGAACUGGCUUUAAAGAAAUGGGAUGUUUAUUGGAACAGUAAUUCAUGUCAAAACUAUAAGAUCAAGGUAGUUGAAACGUUUACUAAUUUCUUCAACUUAGAUGGGCUAAUCUUGAGAGUCUUUGAAGUGACAAAGUGUAAAGGUCACGAAAAGAUAUCAUCAAUGGUUUUCCAAUUGCAGUAUACAAAAUGGAUCGAUUCAUGUAGUAUAUGCAUGCCUGAUCUUUUGAAAUUAUUAAAGAUAAAGGAUAUACUAUUAGUUGAAGAUCCGAAAGACUUCAUUGAAGAAUGGAAAAAGAAUAAAGUUGAUGAAGAUAUUUUGAACAGAAUAAAGGGUAACAGCAAGAAAGUUACGAAGUAUGACACACCCUUGUUAGUUCAUUGUUCAGCAGGAUGUGGUAGGACAGGGGUUUUUAUUACUUUGGAUUUCUUAAUUAAUGUACUGACUGUAUCUAAGAAUGCCUCCAAUAGAAUUGAUGUCUGGAACAUGAAACAAGAUUUGAUAUUCAUCAUUGUCAAUGAGUUGAGAAAGCAAAGAUUAUCUAUGGUACAGAACUUGACACAAUACAUUACCUGCUAUGAAUCAAUACUUGAAUAUUUUGCAUUGUUAAAAGAUAACGAAAAUUGA